AUGUACAACCUGAGUAACUACCACACAGAAGACUUCACCCUUUCGGGCAUCCCUGGCCUUGAGCAGUACCAUGCCUGGAUCAACAUCCCCUUCUGUUUUAUCUAUCUCGUGGCCAUUUUGGGCAACAAUAUCCUUCUCUACCUCAUUGCUGUGGAGCGGAGUCUUCAUGCACCCAUGUUCUUUUUCCUUUCCAUGCUAGCCAUGACAGACCUGAUAUUGUCUACCACAUGUGUCCCCCAAACCCUUACCAUCUUCUGGCUUGGUCCCCAGAAAAUCGGUUUUCCUAGUUGUCUCACCCAGUUAUUCUUUCUGCACUACAGCUUUGUCUUGGACUCAGCUAUACUCCUGGCCAUGGCAUUUGAUUGCUACAUGGCCAUCUGCUUCCCCCUGAGAUACACCACUAUUCUGACCCCCAAGUUGAUUAUCAAAAUUGUUGUGGGAAUUUCCUUCAGAAAUUUCUGUGUUUUUGUUCCAUGUGUUUUCCUUGUAAAUCGUUUACUGUUCUGUAGCACCAUCAUCCCAUACACAUACUGUGAGCACAUAGAUGUUGCUCGGCUCGCCUGUGCGGACAUCUCCAUCAACAUCUGGUAUGGCUUUGGUGUUCCCAUCAUGACGGUCAUCUCAGAUGUGAUUCUCAUUGCUGUCUCCUACACCCUCAUCCCCUGUGCAGUCUUCCGUCUCCCCUCCCGGGACGCCCGCCAGAAGGCCCUUGGCACCUCUGGUUCCCAUGUCUGUGUCAUCCUCAUGUUCUAUAUACCAGCAUUCUUCUCCAUCCUUGCCCAUCGCUUUGGGCAUAAUGUCCCUUGUACCUUUCACAUCCUCUUUGCCAACCUCUGUGUAGUCAUCCCACCUGCAUUCAAUCCUAUUGUCUAUGGAGUAAAGACCAAGCAAAUCUGGGACAAAGUCAUUCUUUUGCUCUUUCCCCAGGGUUGCUAG